AUGUGGACAAACCCCGCGCCCACUGCCCUUACCCAGCUCCCUUUGGACGAGAACGCCCGUCCACGCUACUCCGAUACCGAGUUGGGCGACUACUUUGAGUGCAUCCAGCUCCCACAAAGGUAUCGGGACUCGAUUGUGCUGAAGGACGCUGCUCAGGCUGGAACCAAAGAGCAUGGGCUGCCCUUACUGCGGGCCCUAACACGGUACCACGUAUGCAAUGUUCCUUUCGACAACCUCGUCCUUCACUAUUCCGCACACAAGACCGUCACGCUUGAUCAAAGGGAGCUCUACACUAAGGUAGUCCGUCGGCGGCUGGGCGGGCGAUGUAUGGAAAAUAACAGCUUUUUCGGGACCGUCCUUCGCUCGCUCGGCUAUGAAGUGCGCAACUGCGCAGGCCGCGUGGCGCGGGCAAUGAGUCCCUACCCAGACGUCCGGCGUAAUCAGAGGGCGACCUAUGACGGGUGGAACCAUAUGCUCAAUCUUGUGCUGCUGGACGACGAGUGGUACGUCGUGGAUGUAGGGAUGGGAUCUAUUGGCCCCAACCUCCCGUAUCCGCUGCGCGACGGAUUCCAGACGACCAGCAUUGCCCCACGUUUAAUACGCGUGCAGCUCCGGCCGAUCGCCGAGUCGUAUGCGACCAACUCUGCCAACCGGACAGGACCGCCGAAACUGUGGUGCUUCGAUGUCUGCCACAAUCCAGACGAUGACGCCAAGAAGGAUUGGGUGCCAGUCUAUUGCUUCACAGAGACAGAAUUCUUGCCCCAAGACUAUGAAGUCAUGUCCUGGUUCACGUCGACAAACCCAAGAUCCUUCUUCACCAGAUACGUCACCUGCACGAAAAUGCUCAUGGACGAGGAUAAGGAGCUGCUUGUGGGCAAUGUCACCUUGUUCAAGGACACCGUAACAGAAACCAUUGGCACUAAUCGCAGGGUCAUCAAGGAGUGCAAGACGGAAAACGAGCGUUUGCAGGCUCUAGCUGAAAAUUUUCACGUGCAUCUGACAGACGAGGAGAAGGAAGGAAUUCCAGAUGAGAGAAAAUUAGCUUCAAAAGAUACAGAUGUAUGA